AUCACCAUGAAUCUAACCCCUCUGAAGAAUCUCAGAGUUUUUCGUGGUCCAAGGAAACAUCUCUAGGCAUGAAUCGUCAGUUUCUCUCAAGUCCCGUGGGAAGCCUUUCGAUCGGGCAUAUAAGGCGGAUAUCCGUCGGGCCCACGAUGCUGGUCUUAGCGUUUGCGAUUUCUGACCACAAACUUCUUCUCUAACCUCUUUCAGUCAACCCCGUUCCAACAUUCCCCCUCUUUGCACAAUGGCUCUCAAGCAAUUCAUGUCCAUGUCCUUCGCGGCGGCUCUCCUAGCGGCACUCUUCUCUGCAAAGUCUCGGUCCCAGACGGAGCUCCAGAUCCCACUCGGCAACUCUUGCCCGCGCCCGCGCUAUACGGUACGGACGUUGUCGUAUGAUCCACUCAUUCAGCACAUUGAGAACUUUAUCACUCCAGAGGAGUCUCAGUACCUGCUGCAGUUCGCGCAGCCUAGGUUCCAGCGCUCUCGCGCUAUCGGCACUGACGGGCGAUCCAUUGCUGCGCAGGAACGAACCAGUUCCACGGCGUACUUGCCUUCGGAUGAUUCUGUCAUCCAAUGCAUCAGGUCCCGCGCUUCGGAGUUUCAGGGCUACGUAGACCUUGACAUGAUGGAGGAUCUGCAAGUGACGCGGUACUUGGAGGGGCAGCAGUACACGAAUCACUACGAUUGGGCAGCGAACCCCGCGGCGAGAAAUCAGACGACAAACAGGGAAACGACCUUUUUCGCUGUUCUCGAUGUGGAGUGUGCCAACUGCGGGACACGGUUUCCCAAGAUCUCGGUGGACUGGGAUGUCGAGGAUGAGCGGUGGUGCAACCUGGUCGACUGCGCAGACCAGACAGAGCUGACAGUGCGAGCGGUCGCCGGCAGUGCCGUCUUCUGGCGGAAUCUCCAUUCCGAUGGGACCGGAGAUGUUCGAACGCUACAUGCCGGUCUUCCGGCGUUAGGCGGCAAAAAGAUCGGGUUGAACAUCUGGACGCGCCGGGAGGUUUAGUGCGCAUGUGAGGGGGGAGACUAUCUCCCCGGGAUAUUGGACGUUUCGAAAUAGCGCACCAAUCAUCUUUCACCCUUUUGACUCCGCUUUGUCACACGUUCUAUUAGUCUUUAGACCUUGUUUGUCCUGGUUAAUCGAGAUCUAUCUGCAAG